AUGGCAUCUGCUACUCCACGAUCAUCAGUUCUUCGUCGCGUAUCUCUUGAUCUCAUUAGGUCUGUACGGCCGCCUACAGAUCCCAAAUUUAGACGAGACUCGGAUGCUUCUACGUCUGAUACUAUCAUCUCGGACCCAUCAUCAUGCUCUACUCUAACCAGUCCCAUGACACUCAGUGGAGACGAUAGUCGGGCGCAGUUAGAAUCUACAAUCCCCGGAGAGUCAACGCGAUUAGGAACGAACGACCGCGUAGAAUUAAGUCCAAUGGAACGCUCCAUUUCUCAACCUCCACUGUCGCCUUCUACAAAUGGAGCGCUACGCAGAGCAGCUGAGCGCGCUGUCUGUCAAUCAUUUGACCUUCGGAUGUUUGCAUCACCUCUAGAGAAUGUCGAAGCUGAGAAAGAACAUGACGGAAUCAAGGCACGUGUUGGUAUGAUGAAUCGCCUAUCAGGCAUGUGGACGCGUCGAUAA